AUGGAGCGCAAACGGAUCGUACACACGCUAGACACGCCCUACUCUGCCAUCGAAUGGCCGCAGAUCAGCCAGGAAGACCAGGAUGCCAUCCUGGAGCUCCUCUGUCAUCUUCUGGCUCCGCUUGGAGCCCAUCGAAGAUCCUUCAUCCCGGCAUCCAAGGGCAAGCGGAAAAGGGUCAAGAAAGCUAGCGGCCCAGAAAGCUCUUCCGCAGCAGCUCCGGUUCCCGCUGCGCCCCCAGUGCCUGAGUUGGCCGGUUACGUCGAUGUUGGGCUCUCCAAGAUCUCUCGUACCUUACAGAUCAUGUCCGACAAGGACAAGCUGGUUCGAUCUUCGGAAAGUGCGGCAUCAAAGCGGGAAGAAGCAACGACCGGGGUAGAAAGCAGGCCGUACACUGUCGUCUUUGUGGCUCGCUCCGGGCAGUCUUCGGCGUUCCACUGCCACUUCCCCCAGAUGGUGGCUCUUGCGGCUGCGUCACGGUCGCCGGACGAAGCUGUCAGGCUGGUCGGUUUCUCGAAGGCCUGUGAGGAACGGUUGAGUGCGGCACUCGGGAUUCCGCGAGUUUCUAGCAUUGCGCUCCGGGAAGGUGCCCCGCAGGCCAAAGGCCUGGUCGACUUUGUACGUGAACACGUCGCAUCGAUCGAGAUUACUUGGCUCCGGGAAGCUCGGUCUGCCAGCUUCCUCGAGACCAGGAUCGAUGCUGUUCCGACCAAGGUUGGGACUAAGAAACCAAGGCUCUCUUGA